CGGAAAAGUUGUGGAUGAAGGGGCGGUAGUAGUUGGCGAGUCCCGUGAAGGAGGAAGUUGGGUUAAAGUGGUGGGAGGGGGGAACUCGACGAGGGCAGAGACCUUUUUGGGGUCCAUGCGGAUGCCGUCGGUGGAGACAAUAUGACCAAGGUAUUCUACGCUAGAGGCAUCAAAUGUGCAUUUGCUGAGCUUGGCAUAGAAUUUCUGGUCGCGGAGGAUGGCGAGAACUUGGCGGAGAUGAUCAAGGUGGGACUCGAAGUUGGGGCGAAAAACAAGGAUAUUGUCGACGUAGAUCACGACACAGACUUUGAGGAGGUCGCGGAAGAUGUGGUUCAUGGUGGAUUGGAAGGUGGCGGGGGCGUUGGUGAGACCAAAAGGCAUUACGAGAAACUCGUAGUGCCCGAAGCGGGAGCGGAAAGCGGUUUUGUGGGUGUCCUCCUCGCGGAUGCGGAUCUGGUGGAAGCCACUGCGGAGGUCAAUCUUGGUGAAGUAUUUGGCUCCACGGAGGCGAUCAAGAAGGUCGGAUAUCGGGGGAAGCGGAUACUUGUUCUUGAUCGUGAUCUGGUUCAAGGUGCGGUAAUCCGUGCACAUGCGGAGUUCCGAGGUGUCGUUCGUCUUGACGAAGAGACAGCUGAGGAGCUAGGCUUAAUGGAUCCUUUUUCAAGGAGUUCAUUGAGCUGGUGCUUCAUUUCUUCGGCCUCGGGGACGGAGAGCUGGUAUGGGGGGCGGCAAGGGGGGGAGUGGCCGGGCUCGAGAUCGAUGAUGUGGGAAACACCUCGGUCGGGAGGAAGUCCGGCGGGCAAGGAUUCAGGAAACACGUCUUUGAAUUCGGAUAGGAGGGUGGAGAUCUGAGGGUCGGAGGAGGGGUCUUGGUCGGGUUCGUCUGUUGGAAGCAAAUCCUCGGGACGGUCGCGGUCAAUAACAA